AUGGAUAAAAAUGGUUCAAGUGAAAAUGAGAAAAAACGUUGUAGAGAUGUUAGAACCGGAUGUCAAGCAAAGCUUCGAAUAACAAGACAGGAGGAUGGGAAAUGGUUGGUAGACUCGUUUAAUGACACACACAAUCACAACUUGACCAUGACACCUACGAAGGUUAUGAAACAUCGAUCUCAUAGCAAUUUCCACCGUUCAAUAGAAGGUAAAUCUCUUAUGGUGCAAUUUGGUCAAGCAGGGUUGAAACCCUCUCAGAUUAAAAAGGCUUUUAAUACAAUGAAAACCGCAAAUAUAGCUGAUGUAACUUCAAAGCAAUGUGUUGAUGUCUUAUCUGAGCAUCGAAAACAACAUAGAAGAAAGGAGUUCUAUGGACCUAUAAAACAUUUUCAAGAUAAAACAUUAGUUGACAGUGACCAGUUUUUUGUCGUGGAUUUGUCUGAUGAUGGGUAUCCUAGAAAUAUCUUUUGGGCUAAUGGUAGAUCAAGAGAUGCCUAUACAAAAUCUAGAGAUGUUGUGUUUGAUGUCACUUAUAUGACUAACAAAUUCAAGACUGGGGUGAAUCAUCAUGGACAGUCUAUACUUUUUGGUGGAGCAUUGCUUGAAAACGAAAAGGAAGAGACAUUUGAAUGGUUAUUUGAACAUUUCCUCAAAUGUAUGUUUGGCAAGUAUCCGUAG